AUCGUCAAACAGAAGAAGCAAUCGCAAAAUUUCAAAGGAAGCUUCUACGACUUCGUUGCGAAGACAUAUAAGGAACAACGCAUCUCGCGCAAGGGGAGGUGGCACGAUGUCAUCACAGACCUUGAGAAGCGGUCAGAGCUAGCCGGUCUGUCCGCCACUGACCGCUGCCAAUUCAACGAGUUCGUCGCGUACCUCAAAAUACUCUCCACGAGCCAGAGUCGCAAGAAAAUGGAGAAGUCUGCCGUCCUCUGCAACUUAUCGCAGCACAAAUACGUUCGCGGCAGCGCAGUGCAGGAGAAGUUUGAACGCCACCGGUUGUCGAUCAGUCAUCUCCUGCUCGCCCACAUCUGCUGGUCCACGGAGCCAGUAUCACAAAUGAAGGACGCUACUUGUUCGGUAACGCGCAGCCCUUGGGUAGGCAGCAGGUUCGAGAUUACGACAAUGGACAAGCUUCGGCCUGAUAUCGAGUGGAAGGACGUUACUGAAGCGGCGAUGGAGCGUCUCACUGAUUUGUGGGAGGGCACCGAUCAGUGAAUGGUUUGGGCUUUUCUCAGAUGCAGGUGUCU